UCACUUGACCUUGAGAUGGAGUUGUGCAAUAGUGACUGUGAAGUUAUUGCAAAUAAAGUUAAAAUGGCAUUGCGUUGGGGUAUCGUCUCUGCGGGCAAAAUUAGCCAUGAUUUCGCUGUUGCUCUAAGCACGUUACCAGCGAGUGAUCACAAACUGGUUGCGGUGGCUGCACGCCAAAAGGAUCGCGCUGAGGAAUUCGCUACGUUACAUGAAAUUCCAAAUGCUUUUGGCAGUUAUAUAGAGUUGGCCGAAUUCGCUGACGUGGAUAUUGUCUACAUUGGCGCCUUGAACCCACAGCACUUGGAACUUUCUUCGCUAUACCUCGAACAUGGCAAGCAUGUAUUGUGCGAAAAGCCACUAUGCAUGAAUUACAAGGAAUCGAAGCAGCUUACUGAUCUCGCCAAAAGCAAAAAACUUUUCCUUAUGGAAGCAAUUUGGUCACGUUUCUUCCCAGCUGCUCAAUAUUUGCGCCAACAGAUCAAGAGCGGUGCAUUGGGUGAACUCAAAGAGGUGGAAGUGGCAUUUGGUUUCGAUUUAAGUCAUGUUGAACGUUUGACAAAAAAAGAUUUAGGCGGUGGCGUUGUGCUCGACUUGGGUGUCUACACCAUACAGGCUUCACAGUGGGGAUUCCAAGAAGCGCCCGAAAAAAUCGUGGCAAAAGGCGAACUCAACGAAGAGGGUGUGGAUAAAUAUGUGGACGCCGUAUUGCAUUACUCAGGUGGGCGCGUUGGCAAAUUAAUCUUUGGAGGAAAGGAACAGUUGGCGAAUAAGGCUGUCUUCAAGGGCAGCAAAGGCGAAAUCACGCUAAUCGAUUUCUGGUGCCCCACCAAAAUCAUCGAUAUCGAUGGUAAGGAGAAGGUAUGGCCCUUGCCUAAGGGCAAACUGGCAACCAAAUACAAGGAUUCUGAAGGUUUGCGGUACGAGGCUGAGGCUGCACGCCAAAGUAUACUAAAAUCUGAAAUCGAAAACGAGAAUGUUACGCACAAUGAGAGUUUGAUUAUUGCCAAAGUGCAGGAUGAGAUUAGGCGUCAAAUCGGUGUUGCCGUGCCAGAGGCUUAGAAUUGCAUUGUUUCGUGCGCAGGGAAAAAUUGGAUACAAUAAACAACUUGAGUUUGAGAUUCGGUAAAGGCGAACAUAUACACAUGAAGUGGGCGGCGAUAGGGAGCUUAAUGGAACCAUAUCGUUGGCAGGAGUAGCAGGUAAUAAACUAUGUAUGUGUAUAUUGUUUUAGAUUUAUUUUUUCUUAUGGAUUUUUGUUUGUAGUUAGUUUAUAUUCGUGUAUGUAGCCUUUUGUGCUAUUAUACUAAGGAAAAAAAAUUAAUAAUUAAUAUUGAUUGUCGAGUAAAAUUGUAAAAAAUGUAAAUAGAUAUAAGAGAUAUUAACACUGUGACAAUUUUAAUAAAAUAAAUAAUAAUAAUAAAUUCGAAGAGUUGAAUUAGUCACGCACAUAUGCACAUUUUUCUUGCAAAGCUUUGA